AUGCCGCCUCCGCGAAAGAUAGUCCUUGCGCUGCUCGGCUGCGUGCUCGUCGCGGUACAUGCUCAAGCUGGGAAAAGGCAUUUCGCUGAAUUGCACCGUCGAUCAACCGAAGACGUGAGUCUGACUUCCCUGUUCGACCAGCUCGGCAUCAAGCUUCCAUUCUUGGGCGCCGUCCCCUCUGGCGGAGACCGCGGUUCCCUCUCCUUCGACUCUGACAACUCCAAUGCAGCCGACGCCGACAAAGUUGCACGGGCUGCGCUUCGACAAGCGGAAAGGGCGCUCGACGGAGCGCAUAAGGAGCUGGAAGAUUCGCUGCAUUUCCCGUUGCGCAAGCUUCCAGGCAGCCAUCGCAUCGACGCAUCUGCCCUGUCACUGCUCCAUGCACGUCAAGAUCAGCAGAGCAUCAUGGCGCCCUUUGCCGACGGAGGUGUUGGAUGGGUCGAAUCUUUCAGGAUAGCGCAAGGCCUCGUUGGCAAGAUGACGCUAGAGGAGAAGGCGAACAUGACGGCGGGUGCGAAUGGCCCGUGCAUCGGCUCUACCGGCUCUGUUCCCCGUCUCGGCAUUCCUUCGCUCUGCUUCAGCGACGGACCCACGGGUGUGCGUCAAGCUCUGAACGUCUCCCAGUUCCCAGCAGAGGUGACUGUUGGGGCUACUUGGGACCUUGAAUUGGUUGGCAAAAGAGCCAGGGCAAUAGCUGAAGAAUUCAGAGACAUCGGCGUCAAUGUCAUGUUUGCUCCAGUCACCGGUGGACCUCUUGGUCGCAGUCCGCAAGGAGGUCGUAAUUGGGAAGGUUUUGCUACGGAUGAGUACCUCACCGGACGAGCUUCUUAUGUGAGCGUCAAGAAUGCGCAAGCUGCCGGCAUCGUGGCGGGAGCCAAGCAUUUCAUCUUCUAUGAGCAAGAAACCUCCAGAAAUGUCAGGACCAUCUUGCCGGUCCUUCAGCAGCCUAUCGACUCUGUGGUAGAUGACAAGACGGCCCACGAGCUCUACAUGGUGCCCUUUGCUGAGGCCAUUAGGGCUGGAGCGGGGCAGAUCAUGUGCUCCUACAACAAGAUCAACGGCACCCACGCUUGUGAGAGCUCGAAGAGUCUCGCGGGGCUCUUGAAGACCGAGCUGAAUUUUCAAGGUGAGCUCCUGCGCGAUUUGCACAGGCCCAAUUCAUGCUGACACCCUAGACUGCCUCUAGGCCACGUCGUCUCUGAUUAUGGAGGAGCAUGGAGCGACUCCACCGUUGGAUUGGACGUGCUCAUGCCAGGCGAUGGUCUCUACGGAGUUCAACCGAACUUCUUUGGCUCUCACGGCUCGAAACUGAUCGAAAACGUCGAGAGCGGCAAGCUGACUGAAAAGCGUUUGGACGACAUGGUCAUUCGUCUGUUGACACCAAUCUUGCAGUACCAAGGUGGUGAUUUGAGCAAGCUUCUGCCGAAUCCUGAUCAGCUCAAUGUCAAGCCUGCCGGCAACAAGAAUGUCCAGGGAGACCACCAUCAGAUCAUUCGCCAGAUUGGAACUGAGAGUCUGACCCUCUUGAAGAACACCGUGGAUGGCAAGACUAGGUCUGGUGGUGCCACUGGAUUGCCGCUUGACCUGAACACAAUCAAGAGGAGUAGGUGAUCUGCUCUGUAUGUCUAACGCUUGGCUUGCAACUCUGCUGACACGAGCCCGACGCCCGACUGUGCCUAGUCGCGGUAUCAGGUCAAGAUGCUGUGUCCUCUCUGGACAAUCGUAAAACUUGCAACAAGUGAGCCCAGGUGUCGCGUGCGCAGGGACCUGGAUGCAGUGAGGUAUGGGCUGACACUUUCACUUCUCAAGUCUCGGCGAAUGUGUCUUGAAGGAUUUUCAAGGCGUUGUCACUACUGGCACGGGAUCCGGUUCCACCACUCCGCCCUACAUUAUCGAUCCUCUAGCUGCCAUUCGGAGCUACAUCGCCAAAGCGGGCAAGAACAAAGCAGUGACAGUCACUAGCUCACCCAACCCUUUCGUCUUCCUUGGAGCAGUGUGGGAGGCGAAAAACGCGGAUGUCGCCCUCGUCUUUGUGAGCGCUACGGCUGGAGAGUCGAGCGACCGUAACGCGGAUCUCAGACUCGACCACAAUGGCGAAGAUCUCAUCAAGGCGGUCGCCGCUGCCAACAAUAAUACCAGUGAGUGUGCUUCGUGUUGCUUGCCAUGUCCUUGCUAGUGUGUCUCGACGUGUUGAUGUUAUGCACCGUGCUGUUGCGUAGUUGUGAUCAUCCACGGUCCAGGUCCCGUUAUUGUUGAGGAUUGGAUUGAUCUGCCAGGCAUUCGCACCGUCUUGUACGCCUACUACCCGGGGCAAGAAGCCGGCUCAUCUCCCACACCUGUUCUCUUUGGAGAUGUAUCGCCGUCCGGCAAGGUGAGUAAAGCCUCACGCACGGCAUAGCGCAGGGAGCCUCACAUGCCCUUGCCUCUUUCGCGCACGGCAGCUUCCUUUCGUGAUGGCGAAGAAAACUUCAGACUGGCCCGCCAACACCCUUGUCAAGACGUUGAGCCUGAACCCCAAAGCGACAUUUGAUGAAAAGCUACUGAUCGAUUGGCGUUGGCUGGACGCCAAGAACAUCGCUCCGCGCUUUCCCUUCGGCUUUGGUCUCUCCUAUACCACCUUCUCUUAUGGAGAAAUGCAAGCCAAAAAGCAGUUCAAGGCGGACUCGACAUCCAUCCAAAGGACAAAGGAACCCUUCGCCAGCUCGGUUUCGCCCGGCGACUCUCUGUACGACGAGCUCUUCAGCGUGAACGUGCCCAUCACCAACACGGGCAAUCGCACAGGUAAAGAGGUGGUGCAGCUCUACUUGUCGUAUCCCGCUUCUGCCAUAGAGCAACCUCCUCACGUGUUGCGCGGAUUCGCCAAAGUGGAAAUCGCGGCAGGCCAAACUCGAACCGUCAGCAUGCAGCUUACAAGGAAAGACUUGUCCAUCUGGGACGUGGUGCAGCAGAAAUGGGUCAUCCCGCAAGGCACCUUUACGCUCUUUGCAGCAAAGAGCAGUGCCGACUGGACCAACGCCAAAAAGACCAGUUUCACUGUCUGA